AAACGGUUUUCAUAUCAGCGUAAAACCACAAAUCAGUUUCCUGCAUUUUCUUCCUUUCUUAUAAGCUCAAUCACAAUCGCUAUUUUUGCUUCCACUAUUUUCUCAACUAAUUCCAUUAAAAUGUUUUCGACAAUUGCUGUGCCUUCUAAACAAACAAAGCCCCAUCGCCGUGAGAUCUCCGCCGUGCCGGAGAGUGAGAUACUCAGGAGAAGAAAUGAAGAGUUGGAGAAAGAAUUGAAAAAGAGCAUUGAGAGAGAAGAGAAAAUGAAGCAGGAAUUGCAGAAAACAUGGGAAAGGCUGAGGGUGGCGGAGGAGGCGGAAGAGCGCCUUUGCUCUCAGCUCGGUGAACUUGAGGCCGAGGCUGUUAAUGAGGCUCGAACUUACAGGACACGUGUCAUCCAUUUGAUGGAUCAACUCUCUUUGGCCCAAAAACUUCUCGAAUCAGCUUCUGUUACCGUUCCCAGUUCCCAAUGAUUGUAGGGGUAAUGGAGUUUGACGCUUCAUCUCCAUUUUCAAACUAGGUAGAGCACGUACGACUGUAAAAUUAUGUGUUGGUUUCUUGUUCAAUGCAAAUGAAAGAUAAAAGAUUAGACAAUCGGAUUAAUAGAGGUGUAUAUUUACUUCUUCUUCUUUUCUUUCUUUUUUUUUCGUCUUUGUCGUCUUGGAGGUGUAAUGAGGGAAUUUUUGUUUCGGUUUA